CGUUCACAGGAACAUUAGCGGAGAAACAUGGCAGAAGAAGCUCCAGCAGCGGCGCCGGCUAAAGCCCCGGCCAAAGCCCCGAAGAAGAAGGCCGCCUCCAAGGCCAAGAAGGACGGACCCAGCCUCUCCAAGCUGAUCGUGGCCGCCGUGGCCGAGUCCAAGGAGCGCAAGGGCAUGUCUCUGGCGGCGCUGAAGAAGGUGCUGGCCGGCAAAGGCGUGGAUGUGACCAAGGCCAACAAGCGCAUCAACACCGCCGUCACCAAGCUGGCGACGGCAGGAACCCUGAGCCAGACCAAAGGCACCGGGGCGUCGGGCUCCUUCAAGCUGGCAAAGGACAGCAAGGCGGCUAAACCAGCCAAGAAGGUGGUGAAGAAGAAGGCUCCUGCUAAGGCCAAGAAGCCCGCAGCCGCCGCCAAGAAGGCCAGCACCCCCAAGAAGGCUGCGGCUAAGAAAACAGCCGCUAAGAAGUCCCCCAAGAAGGCUGCGGCCAAGAAGUCCCCCAAGAAGGUGGUGAAGAAGAGCCCUAAGAAGGCGGCUGCUGCCAAGAAGCCAAAGGCUGCAAAGAAGCCUGCAGCCAAGAAAGCUGCAGCAAAGAAGCCCGCAGCUAAGAAGGCCAAGAAGUAAAUCUGCUACAACCAGCACUCAGUGCACCAAAGGCUCUUUUCAGAGCCAACACAUCCACCAUUAAGACUUGGUUCCUCAUUAUUUUACCACAUAAUUAGUAGAAAUUAAUACGUCCAACACAUCUUAUGCUGCACAAAUACAGCUAAAUGCAACUAAUUAUAUAACAUGAUACUUCCAAGUUUUCAAGUUGCAGAGCUUCUUUCAUAAAACUGAUAACAUGCAGAAUUGCUAGACUUUAUAACUCAAA